CUCUCGCUGGCCCAGGCUCUCUCGCUGGCCCAGCAGCGAGUCCCCCCCCCGGACGGCCCUCAGGGUGGGCCAUGCCUCCAGGGCAGGCCAUGCGGCCCGUCCUCCCGCGGCCCUUCCGCCCCGGGCUGCUGCCCCCGGGGGUUCUCAGCAAGGCCGCCGGCUGCAACCCACAGGCUGCUGGCGGCAGCCCAGUGGCCGUCCGCAAGGCCGAGCGCGAGGACGGGGCCUUGUCGCCUAUCAGCCCCGCCUCCGAGAUGCCUAUCAGCCCCGCCUCCGAGAUCACCGACUCUGGCGCCCAGCCCUCCGCCCAGCCAGAGGGGGCGAAAAACGGCUCGACCACGGAAAGGUUUGGGUAAAUGGGGUCGGGGGGUCGCGUUGCGUCGCGCGCGAUCUCAGGCGCGGCCUCGCUAUCUCGAUGCCCCUGGCGUGCGCGUCAGGAGCUUCCCCCCAC